AACUAAAAGUAAAAGUAAUUUAAAGAAAAAUCUGUUAUUAGCUGAUACUCCGUGUGUCUCGUAGAUUUAGAUGCUGGCUAUUAUUACCACCCAUUAGCCCCUAUUUAUGUCCUAGCCGAUACUUGACGGUUACUACAACUCAUAGCAUCAUCAUCAAUUCCUGAUCAAUGUCGUCUUUCCUUGGAAGUUCUCUUUCCUUCAUAUUAUUUUCUCUUCUAAUCUCACCGGCUGUGUCACAGUCAUCAUCAUCAUGUUCCUCACAGACAUUUUCCGGCAACAAAUCUUACCCUCACUGCCUCGACCUCCCUAACCUCAAAGCCUUCCUCCAUUACUCUUACGACGCUGCUAACACAACUCUCGCGGUUGUUUUCACUGCUCCGCCGUCUAAACCCGGCGGGUGGAUCGCUUGGGCGAUUAAUCCGAAAUCCACCGGCAUGGCUGGAUCUCAAGCACUCGUCGCCUCCAAAGAUUCCAAAACCGGCGUUGCCUCCGUGACGACGCUCAACAUCGUCUCAUAUAGCUCGCUUAUCCCAGGCAAGCUAUCGUUCGAUGUGUGGGACGUUAAGGCGGACGAGGAAGCGGCUGGAAAUUUGCGAAUCUUCGCGAAAGUGAAGGUUCCGGCGGAUUUGGCCGCGAAUGGGAAGGUUAACCAGGUUUGGCAGGUUGGACCGGGAGUGACAGCUAACGGGAGGAUACAGCCGCACGAUUUCAAUUCUCCGAAUCUUAACGCCAUGGGAGCGCUCGAUUUGACCGGCGCCACCACCAGCGUUCCUGUACCCAGCGGUGGCGACGGUAACUCUAGGGUUCAUAAGAAAAACAUCCAUGGGAUAUUGAAUGCGGUGAGUUGGGGAAUUUUGUUUCCGAUCGGAGCAAUGAUAGCGAGAUAUAUGAGAAUAUUUGAAUCCGCAGAUCCUGCUUGGUUUUACCUCCACGUGUCAUGUCAAUUCUCUGCUUACGUCAUCGGCGUCGCCGGAUGGGCCACCGGACUUAAGCUCGGCUCAGAAUCUAAAGGUAUUCAGUUCAACAGUCACCGCAACAUCGGCAUUGCUCUCUUCGCCAUGGCCACUCUUCAGAUGUUUGCGAUGAUGUUGCGGCCAAAGAAGGACCACAAGUUAAGAUUCUUUUGGAAUAUCUACCACCAUGGAGUUGGAUACUCUAUCCUUAUCCUUGGAAUCAUCAAUGUUUUCAAAGGUCUUAGCAUCUUGAAUCCAAAGCAUACUUACAAGACGGGUUAUAUCGCUGUGAUUGCGGCAUUAGGAGGGAUCACUUUGCUAUUGGAAGCUGUAACUUGGGUCAUUGUCCUUAAGAGAAAAUCUGCCAAUUCGAACAAGCCUCCCAAGGCCUGAUCUUAAGUAAUUCAAAGGAUUUUUUUAUAUUUGAAGUUAGAAACUGCAUUGUCUUUUUUUCCGAGAUUGAUUUAUCUCCUGACGUCGCUUUGUUUGAUGAUGUUGAUGAUGAUGACCUGUUUUGAUGAUGUUGAUGAUGAUGACCCAUUUGGUGUUUUAUGUAUAGCAGGAGAAAUAUAUUAUGUAUUAGUGAUUGUU